GGUCUUUUUCUAGUCUGCUGUUUCUAAGUGAACUUGUUUCUUUACCUUAAUAUCCUCAUCCACGGAUCAGAUAGUGUUUUCUGCACCGUUAAAUACACUUGUUUUUGUGUUUUUAUUAUACUCAUUUUCAGUUUCUUCUCAAGGCUUGAGAUUAAACUUUAAACUUCCUCCCUUACGUACACUUCCUAACUUAGUCAUCUAUAAUCGUUUAAUACGGUUAAACAAAGGAAAAAUCGUGUGAAUGGCUGACCCGGUCACACUCCUAGCAAUCCCCAUAGUUGAAAAAAUCACAAAGGAGACCUACAAAUUUGGCAAGGGAAAGUAUAAUGAUGUUUAUGGAGUGAAAUAUGAGAUUGAAAAGCUGCAAAGCAACUUAAAAUCCAUAGCAGCCGUGCUUGCGGAUGCUGAACGCUGCUCUAAAAAACCAAAGCAGCUAAUAGAUUGGCUCACCAAGCUUAGAGGUGCAGCUCUCGACGUGGAGAAUGUACUGGAAACAUAUGCUACUGAGGCUGCUUUGAGAGAGAUGAAGAACCACCCUGCCCCAAUUGCUUGGCUAAGCUCUCGAUUAAAUGCAGCAAAUGACAUUAAGAAGAUCGCGAGAAGUAUAGAUGAAAUUGACAAACAAAGGGGAAAAUAUCAUAUAAAAAAAGAUGAGUGGGGGGAAGGGAGCGCAGAGCCAGCCACUUGGUUGGGAAUGCGUGAAAGAGAUAAUAGACGGGAAAGCGGGGUUGUUGGCCGGGAUAAGGAGAAGGAAGAGAUCGUUACAUGGUUGAUUUCUGAAAAUUCAUCUCAUGAUAAUGGCCGUGUCCCCGUUUAUCCCAUUACUGGAAUGGGAGGCCUUGGGAAAACAACUCUUGCUCAGCUCGCUUACAAUGAUGAGAGGGUCUUCAAAAAGAAACUCGAGUCGAGCUAUUUCAAGAAUGCAGCGUGGGUAAACGUCUCUGUGGAUUUCAGUGUGGAUAGGAUUCUUAAGGAGAUAAUUGAAAGACUCACGGAAAUGGAACACGGAAGUGUUUCUCAAGAAUCCAUUAAGUCUAAUAUCCUCAAAGUCCUCGACGGAAAGCCUUUCUUGCUUGUACUGGAUGAUGUAUGGAUUUCUGAGAAAACGGACUGGGAAGGCCUUCAUACUUUCCUCAGGUCGUGUCCAAGAGGAAGCAAAGUUUUGGUUACGAGCAGAAGUCACGAUGUUAGAGCACUUAUGGGUGCAACCCGUUCAUGUUCUUUGGAAGUGUUGCCUGAAGAGCUUUGCUGGGACUUAUUUACCAAAGAGCUCUGUCUAGGUGACAAUAUUUUAGAAGAAGAAAAGAUAAAGAUUGGUAAAGAUAUCAUCAAAAAAUGCAACCAACUUCCACUGCCAGUGAAGGCUAUGGCUGCCAUAAUGCGCGAGAAAUCGCUUGAGUAUUGGAGGAGGGUAUCAAAAAACAGCAUCUGGAUUCAAGAUGAGUCCAAUGAGGAAUUUGGACGUUCAAACAUUCUGCCAGCCCUGGUGUUGAGUUAUAAUCAUCUCCCUUCUUCUAUCCUAAAGCAGUGUUUUGCAUACUGUUCUAUAUUCCCAAAGAACCAUUUGUUUGACAAACAUGAACUUGUCAAAUUGUGGAUGGCUGAAGGUUACAUUCCGCAUCCGUCCAGUCGAUCAACAGACACACUGGAGGAUAUUGGAGGUGAUUAUUUUGACGAGCUGCAAAGUAGAUCCUUCUUUCAGCUUUUUGUAGACAAUGAGAGGUACAGGAUGCACGAUCUUAUACUUGAAUUAGCACAGCAUGUCUCAGAUAAAUCCUCAAAGCAAAUGGAAGAGGAGACAACUAUUGGCGAACAGAAUAGUUACCUUCAUGUAUCAUUUCUCUGUGAAGAUGUUCAGAAACCUGCUCUUGAGAUUCUCAAAGCUGAGAAACUACGAACUCUACUGCUGCCCUCCAGCUAUACCAGUGAUUUUGGUCAAUCCCUCAACAAAAUGUUUCAAACUCUCAAGUACAUGCGGGUUCUAGAUCUCAGUUCAACCAAAUUAGUUCAUCUGCCAAAAUCAAUUAAGAAGUUGAAAUUGCUGCAUUUCCUUGACCUAUCAAGAACUGAGCUUAAAUUUCUUCCAAAAAGUAUCUGCAAGCUCCUUAAUCUGCAAAUACUAAAACUCCUUGGUUGUCUUUGGCUUCAGGAAUUGCCCAAGGAUCUUGGGAACCUGAAAGAUCUCCGAUAUCUGGAACUGGAUGAGAUGUUUUGGUACAAAUGCUCCAGAUUGCCUCCAAGUUUAGGAGGCUUGACUAAUUUGCACAAUCUCCACUGUUUCCAUGUUCAUCGUGAUAGUGGAUACGGAAUCCAAGAGUUGAAGAGAAUGAAAAGUCUUCAAGGUAUGCUACACAUUUCUAAACUCGAAAAUGCAGAAAAUUCUAAGGAAGCAAAAUUGAAUCAAAAGCAAGGCAUAACUAAAUUAAUACUUGAAUGGAGCAAGGAGGAUGCCAGCAGUCCACAAGAUCGAUCAGCACAAGAGCGUGUCCUUGAGGAUCUUGAACCUAAUUCUGGUCUCCAAGAACUUCAGAUACUGCACUACAAAGGAAACAGAUUACCAACUUGGAUGAGCAAUGGAGUGCUCCAGAACUUGAACAAGAUUUCCUUGAAGAAUUGUGCAAAUUGCAAAACACUAUCUUUUGGUCCGUUACCUCACCUUCAACAGCUUAUCAUCAAAGGAAUGUUAGAGUUGGAAGAAUGGCCAGAAACUACACCAUAUCUUUCAUUACGAAGGCUGACUAUUAGCAACUGCCCAAAGUUGCGGAACCUCCCAUGCAAAAGCUUCAUAACCCUCCAGGUUAUGAAAAUCAAGCAAUGUCAUGCUCUCAAGGCUCUCCCAGUGACACCGUAUUUGAUGUUUUUGACUCUUAUUGACAAUGAUUUGCUAGAGGAUUGGAGUGAAAUACUCAUGGGGAUCGUUGUUGACAGUAGUCAUGAGGGUGCUGAUAAGCUUACACAACUAGAUUCAUUAGAGAAUCAAUUGGAAAACAACAAUACCUUGCAAAUGCCUAAGUUACUGAUUCUUACAAAGAAGAUAGGAGGCCUAGAAGCUGAUGGCAGUUAUAUAGCAGGUUCAUAUAUUCUACUCCUGGAAUUGAAUUUAGUGAAUUGUCCAAGGCUACAGAAAUUGCCAGAAAGCUUUGCCCCUCAGAAGUUGAAGAUAAGCAGGUGUCCUUUACUAACAACACUACCGGUUCCACAGCAAAGCCAACGACUUCAGAAUCUGGAGCUAGAUAAAUGCAAUGGUACGAGAUUGAUAGAAGCAAUACAAAGUUCAAACUCAUUGGCCGCGCUGACAAUUUCCAAUAUUUCUAACAUGGCCUCAAUACCCAAAUUGCCUCAUCUUCCAACCCUGCGCACUUUGCACAUCCACAACUGCCAAAAUCUUGAGUCCUUGUCACAUGAAGAUGGUUCGCUGAAAAACUUCACCUCCUUGAAGUUUCUGUCAGUUUCAGGAUGUGAAAACCUGGUGACAUUUCCUGAACAAGGGCUUCCGGCAUCAAUUGACUGCUUGAUCAUCAACAACUGUAAUGAGUUGCAAUCUUUUCAUGCCACAAGUCGAAACUAUCUAAAAAGCCUCACACUCCUCAAGGAUCUAUACCUCGAGGAUUGCCCCAAACUUGAAUUCUUGCCAGAAGACGGGCUUCCUGCCUCUCUCCAGCACUUGCGCAUUCGAGGCUGCCCCCUACUCACAGAACAAUGCAACGAGGACGCAGGAGGAAGGUAUUGCCAAAUGGUUAGUCAUGUUGCUGAUUUGGAGCUCGAUUCUGCCAACACUAGUCAUUCAACAGCUUCUGCUUGCUUUACAUGCAAAUAGAGCUUUGCUGCAACUUCACCAAGCCAAACUUUCAAAUUUAAUAAGUGCACUGUGCACCUCCUACUUCUGUUGUUUGAAGACAUAAUCACCAUGAUUAGGUGUAAUUGUACAGGUGUGUCAUUUCUUUUCAUUUGAAGGAUUGUUUGGCUUCACAAAGAAAGUCAAUGUGAUCAUCUAUCAUUUGCAUGUAAUAUAUUUAUUUUAGGGUUGUGUAAUAGUGUGAAAUUGUAAUUGAUCACGGACAAUCAAUUAAUUUCAAAUUGUGUAUUAAGAAGUAUAUGAUUUUUGAA